GCUAAGUAUACAAGCUUCUGACAAGCUUUUGCAUCACGAAGAGCACUGAACAACAAAAAAAUAGCCUAGCAGAAAGAUUGACUCAAGAUAUCACCAACAUGUCCACCAAUGGAUCACCGGCGGUGAAUGAUGACGGCAACCACAGGAACCCUCGCGUGAUCAUGUGGUGCGUGCCGCGGUCCGUAUCGACGGCAAUGACGAAAUGUAUGAGCUUCGUCGAUGGCGCCGAAGUCUGGCUCGAGCCGUAUGUCAUCAGUAAGGCCGCCGACGAUACCCAUCACAUAUACCACCCCGAGAGCAGCUUCCCUUUGGAGCUGGAGGGCAACGAGGACGUGUUUAGAGAAACUGCGAUAAACUUGACAAUUGGAGGGGAUAAUUUCGAUCGCGAUCAUCUCGACUUGUUAUCGCCGGUUACACUGAAACGCUUAUUCGACAAUUUGGACCCCGCUAAAAAAUUUGUCUUUAUCAAAGACAUGGCGAUUGGGAUGCCACCGAGUCGCUAUCCGUACCUACCCGACCGAUCAAGUGGUAUCAAGCACUUCUUCCUCAUCAGACAUCCCGUCAAAGUUUACAAGUCGUUGCGCGAAGGUCUGCUCAAUUUCCUUCUAACCGCUGAUCCUGCGACUCUUAAGGGUAUGAAAAUUCCCGAUAGGAAGUCUUUCCAUGUCAUCAAGGACUUGCCUCCGCCGCGGGAAGGAACGCCGUACAACUACCAGGCCAUUCACGAGCUCUGGAGCUACAUCAGGAAGAGGGUGGAUAAGGACCCGGUGAUUGUAGACAUCGAUGAGGUCCUGGAGAACCCGUCGGCGAUGCUGCCGCGGUUGUGCGACGCACUGGAGAUCCCGUACUCCGAGAGUCUACUGUCAUGGGACGCGUCGUCCGACGUCGUCCUGAAUUGGAAGAGCUCGUGUGCGAACGUCCGUGAUUCUCCCAGGUACGCCAUGUGGUUCGCCAAUGCCUUCAAGAGCUCCUGUUUCAAGGCGUCGUCGACCUCGGCAUCACUCGAUGACGCCACGGAUGAUAUCAAAGAGAUUGUCGAAAAAGAAAUGCCUUUCUAUGAGGAGAUGUAUGAUUUAAGAUUAACCAUUUAACGACGUUUUCCAAUGGUAUCCCUGGGUUAUCCCCCGGGGUAUCAUAUAGCUUGCAAGACCUAUGUCUUGGUUGGUAAAGUGUGGGUCAGGAAAACUACACCACCUAGAUCCGACCCGGAUAUCUAUCUCGGAUAACUACCUCCCAUAUAUUCAGGUGGCUUAGUGAAAUUAUCGUUACUUGCCGGAUAAAAGCACCAUUUUUGAUACAGGGCUCCCUUAGGACCUACUAAACGAUAUUAGGCUAGAAGCCCCCGGCAACAAAUUCAAUUUUAGGGUGUGGGGG